AUGGCGCGCAGCUGCGAGGAUCUUACAUCAAGUCAAUCCGAGCCAGAUAACAACCCUUUCUUGUUUUCAAAUUUCCUGAAAAAGGAACCCAGUGAAGUUGAGACAGCACAAGUUUGGAAAACCUUCGACUCAAGUAACGAAUCUGUCGAUCAAGCACCAUUUCCCGACCUGUGUUUGAAUAAAAAAGCAUUGAAGAAGAAAACAAAAUCAAAUGGGAAAGAUAAAAGGACCAAGGAAAAUAAAUCUGAAACAAAAAGAAGGGUUUUGAAGAUUGUUGAUGAUGAAAUUCAAACUGUUGAUGAUAAGGAAAUUGAUGAAAUUUUAGAGCUCAAUUCAAAGUUAGAAAAUGAGAACAAAUCCCUUAAGGAAAAAGUCAUGCUUUUAGAAAAAGAAGUUAAUUCUGAGAGGGAAACAUCAAAAAAGAGAAUAAACAAUUUAGUUGAGGAACUAAAAGCUGUCAAGAAAAGAGAGCUUGAAGAAACAGCUACUUUGGAAAAUGUUGUGCAAAUGGUAGAAGAGAACCUUCGACAGACAACACAACGUGCUCUAAAAGCAGAAGCAACCGUGUCGAAAAUGAAAGAAGAAGUUAAAUUUCUAAAGGAAGAGACAAUUUCAAAAACCAAACACCAUCAAAUAAUUGAAGAAUACGAAUUCACCUUAAAAUCGAUACGAGAAAAAGCAAAAGAUUCCUCGAAACUCAUGCGAGUAGCAGCUGAUAAAACAGAACCAAUUUUAAAAGAAUUGCUGACUGGUAUAUCAUCACUUCGUCUUUUUGCAGAACAGUUUGAGAGUAUUGAUAAAAUAGCUGAAAUAGAUCCAACGAGGGAUAGAGUUGUUUGAGUUUUAAAUCCACGAUAAAACAACUGUUUUAAAUAAAUUAUUAGUAAGUUAUGUAUUUAGUUAUGAACUGUAAAUACAUGACAGUGUAGGUAAAGUUUUAAUAUAUCAACUAAAGUUCUGAAUGCGAAAUGUUGGUAAAGUAUUAGCGAAUCUUGCGUUAACAAAUCCAGACAACAGUGAACUGUAAUCUCAAAUUUUAUCAUCUUCGAUUUGAUUAAGUACCAUAAAGCAAAAAUGAUAGAUAGCAUAUUAGGUUUUAUUUUUAUUACUUCACUGUAUUGGCCCUUUUUGAUUUUCAAAAGUAAUUCGUAAGUUUAAAACAUGAUUUGUCAAGUAGAUACAAGAGACAAAAGUACAUCUUUCUUUAAGAUAAACAAAACAAAAAAUCGUGCCUUCCGCCUCAGAUUCCACCGCUAUAGCCAUUAAAUAGAUUCAUUAUGAAGUCAGUUGCAAAGCUGCCCCCCUCCCCCUCCCUGAAAUAUCAGUAGCAAUGUCCUUGCAAAAGCCAUCUAAAAUGUUGUUUUAUAGCAUUGGACAAAUUCAGAUAGAAGGGUAACGGAAUUAGAGGGUAAAAGAACGAUGUGUUGGUUUAUUUUUAAUAAAAAUAUUUUGUUAGUAGAAUUGUCAGCAAAACGUAUUUUAAAGUAGCAUUAACAUUAUUAUCGAUAAGUUGUGUUGAACAAUCUAAUCUUACGUAAACUACUCACGUGAAGAAACCAAGUUGAUAGAAACAAAUUUACAAGCAUCAGCAAGCUUGCCGAGACUUCUGCGAGCCAGACGUAUUCCGAAUGAAGUACAGUGGAAAUGAACUUCACAUUUUUGAAUAAUAAAAUAUUUUUGUUGCAGAUAAUUACUUUUUGAUCAAGCGAGGUGCGUAUAAUCAUUAGUCUGUUUGAUAAAGCCGGACUCCUCUAAGAAGCUUUAUCCCUGAAAAGUUGAUUUGAAUCCUAAAUUUCUUGGUCUACCCCUGUCCCUGCUUGCCUUGAACUCAUAGCGUUGAUGAAAUCACAGUUAAUGUAAAAGCACUAUUAUAAUCGUCUUUUCAUAAUAAAAUUAUCUUUGUCAAUUUUGUUUCAUUCCAAAUAUGUAUAUUUUUAGUAACUGAUAAAUGAGAUAGAUAUUUAUAGAUAAUAGUGUAUGUUUUAUGCCUGGUAAAUCGCCAAAACCCUUGAAAACAGCAAAUGUAUUCGAAAUCUUUCCCAUAAAAUACUCAAUGUCAAGUGGGGAAAAAGGAGAUCAAAAAACAGCUAUGUUAUGGAUGAUAUGUAAAAUUUAUGAACGUGGCCAAGCCAUAAAAUAAUGAAAAUUAAUAUGGUAUUGGUACCUCUUGAGGUUGCCAGAAUAUGCACCAUUAAGAGGAGGACUCUGAGAAAACAAAGAAUUAGUGGAUGAAGUUGUUUGAAAAAUACCCUGCGAGAACAAGAAUAACAGGGGCAAAAUAAGAUGGGACAACUUCUAUCAAUUAACAGACCAUUAUGGCAAAAUAGACGAAUUGCACUUUUUAACAUCUUAUUCUUGCGCAUAUUCUAAGCUGCUUGAACUUUAUCCGAAGAGGAAAUUUAAUUCAAUCGUUAUUUUCAUGAUGGUUUUUAUAGAACAGAAUUGGGAUCGUAACUUUAAACUAUAUUCGAUUCGCUCUUGUCGUUCGGCUGGCCGAUUGCACUUUUGAGCA